AUGGUCAGCUCCUGUUGUGGCUCUGUCUGCUCUGACCAGAGCUGUGGCCAAGACCUCUGCCAGGAGACCGGCUGCCACCCUAGCAGCUGCCAGACCUCCUGCUGCAGGACCACCUGCUGCCGCUCCAGAUGCUGCAUCUCUAGCUGCUGCAGGCCUCAGGGCUGCCAGUCUGUGUGCUGCCAGCCCACUUGCUGCCACCCCAGAUGCUGCAUCUCCAUCUGUGGCCGGGUCUCCUGCCACACCACUUGCUAUCGCCCCACCUGUGUCAUCUCCACCUGCCCCCGCCCCAUGCGGUAUAAAAGUGACAGAGGGCAAGGGGAGAUCAUACCCAAGAACCUCACUCUCCUGGAAACUCAUCCGGAAUCUGUACCCUCUGACACCAUGGUCAGCUCCUGUUGUGGCUCCGUCUGCUCUGACCAGAGCUGUGGCCAAGACUUCUGCCAGCCCACCUGCUGCCACCCCAGCUGCUGCCAGACCACCUGCUGGAGGACCACCUGCUGCCGCCCCAGCUGCUGCAGUCCCCGGUGCUGCCAGUCUGUGUGCUCCCAGCCCACAGGCUGCAUUUCUAGUUGGUACCGCCCCCGCUGCUGUCACUCCUCUUGCUGUAGACCCAGCUGUUGCCACCCCUGCUGCUGCCUGCGCCCAGUCUGUGGCCGGGUCUCCUGCCACACCACUUGCUAUCGCCCCACCUGUGUCAUUUCCACCUGCCCCUGCCCCGUGUGCUCUGCCUCCUCCUGCUGCUGA